CGUGACACGUAGCGUAGUAACCAAUAAGCUUCCGGUGACACGGCGGCGUUAUUCUCGUCCUGCGGCGUUAAUAGUCAGUAAUACGGAUAGCUGUCAUAGUUGCCGUAUUGACGCAGCAAGAUGCCGGGCAAGCAGGGUCAGCAGUUCAAAGCAGGGGACCUUGUGUUCGCCAAAAUGAAGGGCUUCCCUUACUGGCCGGCCAGGAUCUGUAAAUCGGAUGAGGCACAAAAGAAGCGAGUUGCCGUCUUCUUUUUCGGGACCCAUCAGAUAGGUCACCUCACACCGAAACACAUCGUCCCGUUCGCUGGCAACAAGAUGAGGUACGGCAGUGGCGUACGCUUCAAAGGCUUCACCGAAGGCAUGUGGGAGAUCCAGAACACGCCUGGAGUCGGGAAGAAAUCCAAAUUUCCAGCCAAAAGUACACUUGUGAAAUCAACCGACGCUUCUAAAACAACCGCCGCAGCCAAAAGCACACCCGCAAAGCCAUCGUUGCCUGCAAACUCAAGAGGCAAAUGCGCAGACACAAACGCCACGCCUGUCAAAGCAUCUUCAGAGGCUAAAGGUCCGUCUAUGGCAGCAAGGUGCGCUGGCAGCACGCUGCGCCUGAAGCCGUGUGUGGUCAAAUGCGUCCCAGCUCAGACCUCGCACGGUUCGCUUAGUGUUGCGAACGAGUUGCCGAACGCCGGCCAGGCAACAAGCGGAUUUGACAGUCAGGCCAAAAGUGUGCAGGCGACAAAAACUCUGAGAAGAUCUUCAUCCAGGUCAUCUGCUCAAAUACAAACGGAGGACAAUGAGAUAAAAAUGCAGACCCCGCAGGAAGCCUCCACGCCCGGAGGUGGCGACGCGUCACAGACGUCAAGUUCAGCGCCUUUGGUGAAGCGGAGACGAGGGCGGCCGAGUAAAGCCUCGGCAGAAAUGAAGAGCGACAUACCACAGGCUGAAGAAGGCCAGACGGUAACAAGCAGCGCAUAUGUGACGGCAAGCGCGCUGCGGCUGAAGCCCUGCGUGGUCAAAUGCGUCCCCACGAAGACCCCCGACAGUCCCACUCGCGACGCAAAGUCCGACAAGUUGGCGACCGCGAGCGAGCCAGCGAGCAAGCCGGACGUUCUGUCCGUGCCGUCUGUGCCGACGCCAACGGGUGACCUCCGAACUCCGCAGGAAGCUUCCACGCCAGAAGAUAGCGUCUCUGCACACACACACACGUCGAUGCCUGUGAUGGCGAAGAGACGACGAGGGCGGCCAAGGAAAGACCGCGGAGAGAAGAGCGAGAUCACAGUUGGAAUGCUAAAGAAGACAGGCGACGUCCCAGGUCCCGCUGCCACAAACACAUCGCCCGAAUCCCACAGUGCACCCGGUGCUCCCAAAACAGCUAAUCAGAAGGCCCGACCUUCUCCUGCACAAAGGCCCAGAAGACACGUGGAGCAGCAGGCAGCGGCCAUGACGGAGGAGUCAACAGCUAGCAGAAGAGGGAAAAGAAAGGAAGGAGAAACGGAGGAGACCGAGCAGAAGGGAGGCGAAGAAGGAAAGGUAGAGGUGCUGACUGAGUCGACACCGAGCCGAGGAGGGAAGAGGAAGGAAAAGGAGAAGACUAAGCAGGAAGGAAAGAUGGCAAUGACGACAGAAGAGUCAACACCUCGUCGAGGAGGGAAGACAAAGACAAAAGGAGAAAAGGAGGAGACCAAGCUGGAAGGAAGUGAGGAAGGAAAGAGUAAGGGAACGACAGAUUCAACACCUAGCAAAGGCAAGACAAAGAGAAAAGAAGGCGAAAAGGAAGAGACCAAGCAGGAAGGAGGUGAGGAAGGAAAGAUGGAAGAGUCAAUACCAAGCCGAGGAGGGAAAAUGAAGAGAAAAGAAGUGGAAAAGGAGGAGAUCAAACUGAAAGGAAGUGUGGAAGGAAAGAUGGAUGUGCCUAGCCGAGGAGGGACGAGGAAGCGAAAAGAAUGGGAAACGACAAUACCGAGCAGAGGAGAGAAGACCAAGCAGGCAGGAGGCGAGGACGAAAAGACUGAGGUGACGACGCAGGAGUCAACUCCUAUCCAAGGGAGGAAGAGCAAGAGAAGGGAAGGAGAAAAAGAGAAGACCAAGCAAAGGGGAGAUGAGGAAGGAAAGACAGAGGUGAUGACGGAGGAGUCGACACCUAGCCGAGGAGAGAAGAUGAAGACAAAAGAAGGGGGAAAGGAGGAGACUAAGCUGGAAGAAUGUGAGGAAGGAAAGACGGAGGUAACAACAGAGUCAACAUCUCACGGAGGAGGCAAGACAAAGGGAAAAGAAAGCGAAAAGGAAGAGACCGAGCAGGCGGGAGGCAAGGAAGGAAAGACUGAGGUGGCGACGCAAGAGUCAACUUCUAUCCAAGCAAGCAAGAGCAAGCGAAAGGAAGGGGAAAAAGAGAAGACCAAGCAGAAGGGAGAUGAGAAAGGAAAGACAGAGGUGAUGACAGAGGAGUCGACACCUAGCCGAGGAGAGAUGAAGACAAAAGAAGGGGAAAAGGAGGAGACGAAGCUGGGAGAAUGUGAGGAAGGAAAGACUGAGGUAACGACGAAGGAGUCGACAUCUAGCGGAGGAGGCAAGACAAAGGGAAAAGAAAGCGAAAAGGAAGAGACCGAGCAGGCAGGAGGCGAGGAAGGAAAGAUGGAGGAGUUACCACUUAGCCGAGGAGAGAAAAUGAAGAGAAAAGAAGUGGAAAUGGAGGAGACCAAGCUGGAAGGAAUUGAAGAAGCAAAGACUGAGGUAACGACGACGGAACCAACACCAAGCAGAGGAGGGAAGAGAAGGAGAAAAGAAGGGGAAAAGGAAGAGACCAAGCAGGAAGGAGAUGAGGAAGGAAAGAUGGAGUCAACACCUAGCCAAGGAGAGAAAAUGAAGACAAAAGAAAGGAAGGAAGGAAUGAUGGAGAUGGCGGCGGAGGAGCCAAUUCCUAGCCGAGGAGGGAAGAGGAAGCGUAAGGAAGGGGGAAAGGAGGAGACCAAGCGGGUAGGAGGCAAGGAAAGAAAGACUGAGGUACUGAAACCAAGGUGGACGGCCAAGGAGGAAAGAAUGAAGGCGACGAGAGGGGACGCUCAACGAGAUGGCGACAGCAGCAAGAAGAGGGGGAGGAUGGAGAGCCCAAAAAAGGAGACGAUGAAAAGGAAGAAGGAGGGCGAAAAGGGAAAAGAGGCGACGGAGGAGAGAAGAGAGAAAAAGAGGUCAAGGAAAGAGAAGGGCACAAGGGAGGGAGGGAGGACGGCCAAGGAGGCGAAAGAUGGCGUCCGAACCAAGGAAGUGAGUGAUGUGGAAGAGGAGCGGCGGCGCCGGCUGGCGGCCAAGAAGGAGAGCGUCCUGAAAUCGCUGAGAGGUCUGCUGAAGGCCACGAGAGGCGGCAAGCGGAGGGAAACGGCGACCAAGAGCAUCAUGAAGUCUGCCGUCAGGGCCAAGGCGAAGAGGACCAGGGCCCACAAGAUGCUCAAAGAAUCCAACAUUGCAAAGAAAAAUAUGCACGUGACGGACAUGAAAGACUGGGAAGAAAAUCUAUCAACUGCCACGACAGUCAACCAAAGUGACGGCAAAGUCAAAGAGAGGCCGGAAGCUGGGCUGGAGGAGCUUCAGAAGAAAGACUCGAGGAAGUUGAUCGGCAAAAUCGUGAAAGCAACCACCAAGGUUCAGGUGAAGACCAUGAUGGGCGGAGCCACGCUUCCGCCGACACUGCCGCCGCCCCAGGAGGAGGAGGAGGAGGAGGAGGAGAAGAAGAGGGCGACUACGACGACGAGCAUCGAGAGGACGGUGGACAGAGGCUCCGAGGAGGAGAGGAAGCCCGAAAGAGUGUUGACGGACGACGAGAAAGCCGCAACGAAGCGCCGCAACGAAACGCGGAAGGAGAAGGACGCCGCGAAGGCAGGCAAGACUGCGACCGGCGAGAAGCGGGACAAAAACGAACCGCAGAAGGAGAGCGGCGCGCCGGCGAAGCAGCAAAGCGGCGGGAGGAGUCGUAAAGCGACCGCGCCCGCUGCGGAAGACGAGCAAGCUUGCGUCUGGAGAGCAGCGGGCGAGGAGAACAACCAGCAGCAGCACAAGAAUAAUUUGAACCUGACGCUGACCGAUUCAACCCUGCACAGAAUCCACGGGGACAUCCGCAUCUCGCUCAAGAGCGACAACCCGGACGUUGCCAAGUGCCUGGCGGCGUUGGAUCAGCUCAGCGGCAUCUACGUGACGUUGCAGCACGUCCAAAGGCACAGCGAGCUCAUCUCCACUCUGAGGAAGAUGCGCUUCUACCGAGCCAACCAGGACAUCAUGGACAAGGCGGCCAUGCUGUACAACCGCUUCAAAAACGCCUUCCUCCUCGGCGAGGGCGAAGAGGUGGUGAGCGCCGCCUUCCUGCGCUCGCUGCUUGAGGAAAAGGAGCGUGAGGAGGCGGAGCGCUGCAAGAAGGCCGAGAAGGCGGCGGGAGGCGAGGAGGACGAGGUCGGCAGACAGGACACGCCUUCAGUGGACUAGCUGCCAACAUGGAGGAAGUCAAGUGUGCGAGUUGAAUGUGACUGAUCCACGUCCACACAAUUCCCAUGGAAACUUGAACUGCAACAAGAUUUUAGUCUUGAUCGGACAUUUGUAUAUAUUCACGUUGACACGCCCCCCCCCCCACACUCUGUCUCCGUUCUCCGCAAUCUUGUUCAGGAAGGUCCUGAAAAGAAGUGAUGCCAGUCAGGCUUUGCGGAUGGGAAUUUGUUUGUUUGUUUGUUUUAAAUGGGAACCGCCAAUGAAUGUGGUCUCAUGCAACAUGCCGUCAAUCAAUAAAUGCUCUCAUGCUCUCUUUGUCA